UCGGCACCUGAAGGCUUUUUCCUCUCGGUGAAAACGCGGUCUUGGCGCACAUCCUUCCGUCGGGCGUGAGUCGGGGCUGCUGCCGGCGUCAGUCCCACAUCUGUUCUCCCGAGCGAGUCAAGAUGGCUAAAGGUGAUCCGAAGAAGCCCAAGGGCAAGAUGUCUGCCUAUGCCUUCUUUGUGCAGACGUGCCGUGAGGAACACAAGAAAAAGAACCCAGAGGUUCCAGUCAACUUUGCAGAGUUUUCCAAGAAGUGCUCAGAGAGGUGGAAGACCAUGUCAAGCAAGGAAAAGGCUAAAUUUGAUGAAAUGGCAAAGGCGGAUAAGGUACGAUAUGAUAGAGAAAUGAAGGACUAUGGACCAGCUAAGGGUGGCAAGAAGAAGAAGGACCCCAAUGCCCCAAAACGACCACCGUCUGGCUUCUUCCUCUUCUGUUCAGAGUUUCGCCCCAAGAUCAAGUCCACAAACCCUGGCAUAUCCAUUGGGGAUGUAGCAAAGAAACUGGGUGAAAUGUGGAACAACCUCAGUGAUGGUGAAAAGCAACCUUACAAUAAUAAGGCAGCUAAACUGAAGGAGAAGUAUGAGAAGGAUGUUGCAGACUACAAGUCUAAAGGAAAGUUUGAUGGCGCAAAGGGAGCAGCAACCAAAGCUGCUCGGAAAAAGGUAGAGGAAGAAGACGAAGAGGAGGAGGAGGAUGAAGAAGAGGAGGAUGAAGAUGAUGAUGAUGAAUAAAACUGUACAAUACUUGUCUCCAUGUGAAUACCAUAGAGUAGGGGAAACACCAUAAAUGAAGCACCUCUUAUUUGAGAUGGUGUCUCUUGCCCUUAUUAGGCUUAAUUAAAAAAAAAAUUGGAUUCCAAUCACAUUGUAGUUUCUAAAAGUGCUCUAGAAAUUGUAACUGGUUUACAUGAAGUGGCCAUGGGUGUAGUGAGCACCCUGAAACUGUAUCAAAGUUGUACAUAUUUCCAAACAUUUUUAAAAUGAAAAGGCGCUCUAGUGUUCUCCUAACUCUGUGCACUUUGCUGUUGGUGUAACAAAGCAUUUAAAAAUGUUUCAAGCAUUUUUUAAUUUGUAAGGUGGUGUUACUAUAUGGUUAUUGGCUAGAAAAUCCUGGGUUAUAAACUGUACAUACUAUAGUUUGUAAAAACUAGACAGAUUCUUGUGGUACAUGCUUAGAGUGAUGAUGCCUUAGAGGAGCAGUGAUUACUUGGAAAGGCUGUACGUUCCCCAGGGUGCCAUGGCCCAAAGCAUGCACUGUGAGGGUAGAUCUAUUUACACUACAGUGGGCGUCCAUUUAGCUUAAAGUUGUCUUUCUGUAUAUAGUGAAAUAGCAUUCUGCUGCCAUUCUUAGUUGUGGAAGGGGGUUCAGCUGGCAUGAGAAGUGUAUGGGUUUUUUUAGUUAAGUGCGGUAGUUUUUAAACUGAAACUGUAGACAUCUCUUCAUCGUCAACUAAGUGAAGAGCCAGUGCAGCAACUGAAGUUCAAAAACACUCUGUACUUAAACAAAUUUGCAACGUUCUGGUUUUUUUGUAUGUUUAGAAUGCUGAAAUGUUUUUGAAGCAAAAUAAACAGUAUUACAUUUUUAAAACUGUUUUGACAACACUCUAAAUUUCUGGUUUAAAAGGAUCUGAACAACAGCAAGAGGUUCAUUUUGAAGUCUGUGGCAUCCCUCAGGGCUGGUAACUUAGGAAACAUUUGACUCAAGGAUAAAAAAAAAAUAAAAAUUAAAAAUGUUGGCCAGCCAAAACUGGCUGAAUUGAAAGAGAUGGCUGCUCCAGCUAAUAUGCAAUCGUAACUGUUUAUGGCUGAGUGGCAUAAGAUGCUAUGCAAGUUUGAACUUUAUUACUUGAACUUGGGAGCCUAAAUGAACAUUCAUGACGUAAUUGUUUGUUUGUGUGUGUAUAUAGCAGCAUUCAGAGAUGCAGAGAAAGGUAGGUGGCUAGGAAUGAGGCUGACACCAUGGAAUAAGUAUAAAAGCAUAGUUUGGAUUUUUUUCAGUUGUGUUGGGUAAAUUUAUAGCCCAAAUGCAUUGCUGUACAUAUUAAAAUGUGCCUUUUUUGUCCUGUGUUAAA